GCGCGCGGGUGACGCAGGGCGCCGGAGUCGCGGCGGGGCCGGGGAGGCGACCGGGCCAUGGAAUCCGCGGCCAAGGGCGGCUUCGUCCUCGCCAACCUCGCCGAGGUGGUGGAGCGCGUCCUCGGCUUCCUGCCUACCAAGGCGCUGCUGCGCGCCGCCUGCGUAUGCCGGCUAUGGAGGGAGUGCGCACGGCGGACGCUGCGGACGCGGCAGCGAAUCGCGUGGGUGUCGGCGCUGGAGCCGGGCCCCGCCGAAAGCCACGCGCUGGUGCGCGCGCUGGCCCGCGAGCUGGAGAAGGUGCACGUGCUGCCCCAGACAGUGCUCUACAUAGCUGAUGCGGAGACAUUCAGCGGGCACGAGGAGUGUCACGAGCAAAAGAAAGCCAGAAAAAGAAACAGUAAAGAAACAGCACUUGCACUUGAAAAGUUGUUACCAAAGCGAUGUCAGGUUCUUGGACUGGUCACCCCAGGGAUUGUAGUUACCCCGAUGGGUUCGAGUAGCAAUCAGCCUCAAGAAAUUGAAGAGGGCGAAGCUGGGUUUGCUCUGUUGUUUCCCAAAAUUGAUGGGGUGAAAAUUCAUACCUUCCAUUUUUCUAAAGACAUGAAGAACAGGGUCUUUGAUGAAAGUAAAUUUGCUGAAGCAGGUCUGAAGAAUAACCCAGAUCUCCGUGUUGUUCUUCUGUUUGGCUACAACUCCUGGAAGACUGGAGCUACUCGAUUUCUUCAUCAAAUAGUCAAUCCAUUGAAUGAGAAAAGUAUCAUCCUGGCUGGGGGACAAGUGGAGAGCUUUACAUCACUGACCUCUGAGAAUAACCAUGCCCAGCCCGGUGAUGCCUGCGGUGUGGUUGGGUUGGCUUUCAGCGGUCCGCAGAUCCAGAGUGCCACUGUCCUGUUAGACCAGGAUGUGGCUGAUGAGAGGACAGCAGAAGCAGCCAUGCAACGUCUCAAAGCAGCAAACAUCCCCGAGCACAACACCAUUGGGUUCAUGUUUGCGUGUGUUGGCAGAGGAUAUCGGCAUUACAAAACCAAAAGGAAUAUGGAAGCAGAUGCAUUUAGGAAGUUUUUUCCAAACGUACCCCUCUUUGGCUUUUUUGGACAUGGGGAAAUAGGAUGUGAUCGAAUAGUUACUGGGAAUUUCGUAUUAAGAGAAUGUAAUGACAUAAAGGAUGACCUGCUUCACGGUUAUACUACCGUUAUGACUCUUAUUCACCUUGGUUCAACUAAAGCAAACCAAGCAUAAGUAAGGUUUAAUGCUUCAGUGAGCUGUUUGUUUCAUUCCAGAGAGCUGAGAAGUCUGGAAGAGUGGACAUCUUGCAGUCAAAGCCCCUUCCAAAAUGUAAACAUCAUUUUGGUAAUAAUAUCGAGUCUUGUAGUUGCAAUAGAGUUUACUAUAUCUGUGAGAAAGCCUUGCAUCUUGUGUAAUCCCCUGUACACACCAGAAUUGCAGGAAAUUAUAUUUGAUGGAAUUCUGCAGUUGAAGAAAGCCUUUUUCUUCCAAAAUGAAAAUGGUUUCUACAAAUCAUAGAAUAUGCUGAAUUGGAAGGGACCCAUCAGGAGUAUUGAGUUCCAACUCUUGGCCCUGAACAGGACACCCCAAGAAUCCCACCAGGUACUUGAGAGUGUUGUCCAAACGCCUCUUGAGCUCAGGCAGGGCUUGGUGCUCUGACCACUUUCCUGGGGAGCCGGUUCCAGUGCCCAGCUACUCUCUGGGUGAAAAACUUUUUCCUGAUACCCAACCUAAACCUCUCUGACUCAGCUUCGUGCUGUUUCCUCGAGGCCCGUCACUGGUCAUGAGAGUGGAGAGAUGUUGAAGACUGCAAUGAGGUCUCCCCACAGUCUCCUCUUCUCCAGGCUGAGCAAACCUAGUGUCCUCAGCCACUCCUCAUAAGGCUUCCCCUCUCACUUCCUCAUGGCCCUCCUUUGGACCCUCUCUAAAGCUUAAUGUCUUUUUUAUAUGGAGGUGUCCAAAACUAGCCCCAGGACUGGAGACUGCCCCAGCACAGAGCAGAGCAGGACAAUCCCCUCCCUGGCCUGGCUGGCGAUGCUGGACCUGAUGCACCCCAGGACAUGUUUGGCCCUCCUGGCUGCCAGGGCACUGCUGACUCAUAUCCAGCUUACCAUUGACCAGGACCCCUCGGUCCCUUCCCACAGCUGCCCUCCCCCCUCCUGUUCCCCAGUCCAUACACACAACCAGGGUUGCCCUGUCCCAGGUACAUCCAGCACUCGUCCUUGUUAAAUUUCAUAUGGUUGGUGAUUGCCUAUCUCUCUUGGUCGAGGUCUCUGCAGGGCCUCUGUCCUUGAGGGAGUUGACAGCUCCUCCCAAUUUAGUGUCAAUGGCAAACCCAAAUGUAAAAAGAAACAGUUCUUUGAUGUGCUCUAUUUACAUAUGUAAAGCACUCUAGGAAAACUAGUGAUGCAUUAAAUCUCCCAUUUCCUGGAUUUUAUUUCUAGAGAGGUGUACAACUUUGCCAGAGUCCUAUUUACAGAACUGAACAGUUUUACUAGAUAAAAUCAAUUAAAAAUUUUAGAGAAAAGUAACAAAGUACUUGUUAAAUAAAGAUAGAAGUAUGUCAAAGUACCUUGCCUUCUAUUCUUAGAGAAAAAGCUCUGAUUUAAAGAUGUUGUCCAGGUAAGAGUUUAACUGGGCUCAUUAUCUUGAACUGAAUUUCAGUUGUCUUAACUGUGUGGUUUAGAAUAUAGUGGUUGCCUCUUCUCUUGUAGCAUGAUCACGGUGUUUUAAAUCCAGAGUACUUAGAAAUAAGUCUAUCUUUAAGUUUCUUUUUAAAGUUUUUUGCUCUUAAAUUUGGAAUUGUGGGGUUCACAGGAUCUGGCUGUGUUAUAUUUAUAUAGAGACUUUAAACAAGACUUGUGCUUUUGCAUGUUUUUCCUAUGCUUUUACAUCAGUCACCUGUUUUGAUUGCUGCAGCUGGCAUGCAGUAUCAAAUAAAUUCGGCAUAGUCUCAGUAUAGCUAAUAAUAUAUUUGCUGCUUUUUAAAUUCUUUCUUCCCUUUUUUUUCACUUAGUAAUAGAAUGACAAGAAAAUAAGAUCAAUUUUGCACCAUAUCACCAAAUUUCUAAAUGCAAAAUCAGGCAGCUGGGCCAUUUUCAGUGUAGUAAAAAUAAAAUACUUACCUGUAUGCUGUACAAAAAAAUAACUUUUUUUUUUGCUUUAAAUGCACUAAGAAAGACGUCAGUUAGCAACUUGGUGCCCAUGUCUAGUUAAAACUUUUCGUGAACUUGGCCUGACAAGCUAAGGUAGGGGUGUAUCUGUCCUGAGACUUACCUGUUGGUGUCAGUGUGUGCUGAGCGCAGACAGCACUUCCCCUGGCUGUAUUGAUGAUGGGGUUUUUUAAUUAGAAGAUGGGAUGAGCUGUGAACUCCCAGUGGCCAUCUGUGGAUGGGAGAUUAGUAAGUGUGGGUGUGACUUGGACAACAUUCAGUUACUUCAUUUAGAAGGAAAGAUAUCUGAAAAUGGAGUAUGGUUGAAUUUUCAGAGAAGCCCCUUGGUGGGAGGUGACUGUGUUAUUUUAGCAUAACCAGAAUGUCACAUUUGGCCCUUUGAGACUGCAUAACCUUCAGGUUUACCAGGACAGAAAGGAAAUGUUGCAUUUCUGUAAUGCAGAUGGGAUUCCUGGUGCUGUUAGCCAUGCUAACCAGCCUAGGAAGGUUAACUGGUUGCUGUAUUAGAAUAGGUGAAGUGUGAUCAACCACGUGUACUCAGUAACAGUGCAGACUCGGCCAGAACGUCAGAGAAGCUGAUGGCGAGCUCAGACAACGGUGCAGCUAAACCAGAACCGACAGGGUGGUCUGCAGGGCAUAGUCAGCAGGUCCUACAGCUGAGGAAACUUCAGAGGUAAACAUAGUAAAGAAAAGGGGUGGAGGAGUUGGGGGGGGGGGUCUGCAUCAGAACCAGGAAUCCUUCUCUCCAGGAUCAACAAGUGUGGGGAUGAACCCAAAAGACCCUAGAACCAUGCACAUGGCUGGAACCCCUACACUGUCUGUCCCAGGACACAUCAUGCCUUCCAUGUGACAGGCAGGUGGUGUAAAUGAUAAAAUUGCAACAUCUGUGAUUAAAGUGUUUUGCUAUCCAAAUUCA